AUGGCUGAACAGGCUUUCGGAAAGUGUCUUCUGCUCUUUGAUGGAGUAUUGGAGUGCCACCAAAACCAGGACCAAAGCAUUAUGCUUCCGGAAAAGUCUCAAGGAAAAGUAUUGCAAGCAACACUAGUGGCUGUGGGACCAGGCACGAAAGGAAAAGGUGGAGGGAUUCAGGCAGCCAGUGUGAAAGUUGGAGACAAAGUUCUUCUCCCAGAGAUUAUUAUUAUAGAUGACAAGGAUUAUUUCUUAUUUAGAGAUGGUGACAUUUUUGGAAAGCAUGUGAACUAA